AUGGUUACCCACGACCAUGUUCGAACUGUCUUUGAAGGCCCUGCGCGAGGCGACAUGGCAUCAUUCUGGCCUCAUGUAGAUCCUAACGUGGACUGGACGGUCAAGGGCACCUUUUGCAAGAUCUCAGGCCACUACAAGUCUGCUGCUGCGUUCCACGAGGGAACGAAAGCGCUAUCCUCUACUUGGGAUGGACCCCUGUAUCUUGUCGCGCAGAACAUCAUCGUCGAUGGCAAUCAAGCUGCCGUAGAGCUGAAGGCCGUCAACACCAAGACCAAAGACGGAAAGCCAUUCCCUAAUGAAUACACUUGGGUUCUUGGUUUCAAUGAUGCAGGCAAGAUUGUUACCGUUCGAGCAUACAUGGACACUGAUCUUGUUACUCGCGUCAUUGAGAAUAACUCUUAG